AUGGCAGUAUGGGAUGCUGGCCUGCCUGGCACGGCAGGGACAGUCAGAUUUAGGAAAGUCAGCCCUGAGGCCCAGGCCGGCAGGCACAAGACUUGCUCCGUUCCAGUCCACUGCCUGGCCCGCCUCCAGUCAGUCCGGAUCCUCGCCUGCUCUGACAUCAACAGUCUGGCCCUGUCCUUCUGUGGGAUGUAUGCCCCGCCCCUCCGGUGGCAGGGCCAGAACCCAGGCAGAACCACCCAGGAGCCCACAAGCAACCAGCAGGGGAUGGUCUGGGCCUUCGUCCUGCAGCUGUGGCGCUGGAGCCUGGGCUGGGUGAAUGGAGGUGCCAGGUGUCAGGGCCGGGUGGAAGUCCUGUACUCAGGCUGCUGGGGCACCGUGUGUGACGACAGCUGGGACACCAGCGAUGCCGACGUGGUGUGCACGCAGCUGGGCUGUGGCUGGGCCACAUCGGCCCCAGGAGGGGUCCAGUUGGUUCAGAGCUCUGGGCCGUUUGUCCUGGACGAUGUGGGCUGCUCAGGGCACGAGACCUCCAUGUGGAGCUGCCAAGGUGACUGGCAGUCCCACAACUGUGGACACUGCGAGGACGCCAGUGUCAUGUGCUCAGUUGGGUCUCCCAUAAGAACCAAAACGGAUUUGGCCCUGAGGCUGGUGAAUGGAGGGGACAGGUGUCAGGGCCGGGUGGAGGUCCUGUACCAAGGCUCCUGGGGCACCGUGUGUGAUGAUUACUGGGACACCACUGAUGCCGACGUGGUCUGCAGGCAGCUGGGCUGUGGCUGGGCCAUAUCGGCCCCGCAAAAUGCCUGGUUUGGCCAGGGCUCAGGGCCGAUUGUCUUGGACAACGUGCGCUGCUCAGGGCAAGAGGCCUACCUGUGGAGCUGCCCCCACAAUGGCUGGAACUCCCACAACUGUGCACACAGCGAGGACGCCAGUGUCAUCUGCUCAGGCUGGGUGAAUGGAGGUGCCAGGUGUCAGGGCCGGGUGGAGGUCCUGUACCCAGGCUGGUGGGGCACCGUGUGUGACGAGAGCUGGGCCACCAGCGAUGCCGACGUGGUCUGCAGGCAGCUGGGCUGUGGCUGGGCCACAUCGGCCCCAGGAAGUGGUCCAGUUGGCUCAGGACAAGUGCCGUGUGUCCUGGACGAUGUGGGCUGCUCAGGGCACGAGACCUCCAUGUGAAGCAGCCCCCAAGGUGUCUGGAACUCCCACAACUGUGGCCACAGUGAGGACGCGUGUCAUGUGCUCAGUUGGGUCUCCCAUAAGCAGGAGACGCAAGCGAGUGACAUUUGCUGUCUCCUUCCAGGAACCGACUCGGGUUUGGCCCUGAGGCUGGUGAAUGGAGGGGACAGGUGUCAGGGCCGGGUGGAGGUCCUGUACCGAGGCUCCUGGGGCACCGUGUGUGACGACAGCUGGGACACCUCGGACGCCAACGUGGUCUGCAGGCAGCUGGGCUGUGGCUGGGCCAUAUCGGCACCGGAAAAUGCCUGGUUCGGCCCGGGCUCAGGGCCGAUUGUCUUGGACGACGUGCGCUGCUCAGGGCACGAGGCCUACCUGUGGAGCUGCCCCCAUGAUGGCUGGAACUCCCACAACUGUGGACACCACGAGGACGCCAGUGUCAUCUGCUCAGACAUGUCAGGGACCAUCACAUACAGGAAAGUCAGCCCUGAGGUCCGGGCCAGCAGGCGCAAGACAUGCUCGGACCCAGUCCACUGCCUGGCCCGCCUCCAGUCAGUCCGGAUCCUCGCCUGCUCUGACAUCAACAGUCUGGCCCUGUCCUUCUAUUGGAUGUAUGCCCCGCCCCUCCGGUGGCAGGGCCAGAACCCAGGCAGAACCACCCAGGAGCCCACAAGCGACCAGCAGGGGAUGGUCUGGGCCUUCGUCCUGCAGCUGUGGCGCUGGAGCCUGGGCUGGGUGAAUGGAGGUGCCAGGUGUCAGGGCCGGGUGGAGGUCCUGUACCCAGGCUUGUGGGGCACCGUGUGUGACGGCAGCUGGGACACCAGCGAUGCCGACGUGGUCUGCAGGCAGCUGGGCUGUGGUUGGGCCACAUCUGCCCCAGGAGGGGCCCAGUUGGGUCAGAGGUCUGGGCCGUUUGUCCUGGACGAUGUGGGCUGCUCAGGGCACGAGACCUCCACGUGGAGCUGCCCCCAAGGUGUCUGGAACUCCCACAGCUGUGGCCACAGCGAGGACGCCAGUGUCAUGUGCUCACUGCCCAGCCCCAGUCCACGCUCACUCCAGAUCGGUGGUUUACGACAGCUGCUUACGGUGAGCAUCGCUGGGAUCCUGCCAGCGAGAACCGACUCGGGUUUGGCCCUGAGGCUGGUGAAUGGAGGGGACAGGUGUCGGGGCCGGGUGGAGGUCCUGUACCGAGGCUCCUGGGGCACCGUGUGUGACGACAGCUGGGACACCUCGGACGCCAAUGUGGUCUGCAGGCAGCUGGGCUGUGGCUGGGCCAUAUCGGCCCCGCAAAAUGCCUGGUUCGGCCAGGGCUCAGGGCCGAUUGUCUUGGACGACGUGCGCUGCUCAGGGCACGAGGCCUACCUGUGGAGCUGCCCCCACAAUGGCUGGAACUCUCACAACUGUGGACACAGCGAGGACGCCAGUGUCAUCUGCUCAGAUGCUCGGACCCAGUCCACUGCCUGGCCCGGGACUGAAUCGGGUUUGGCCCUGAGGCUGGUGAAUGGAGGUGCCAGGUGUCAGGGCCGGGUGGAGGUCCUGUACGCAGGCUGCUGGUGCACCGUGUGUGACGGCAGCUGGGACACCAGUGAUGCCGACGUGGUGUGCAGGCAGCUGGGCUGUGGCUGGGCCACAUCGGCCCUAGGAGGGGUCCAGUUGAGUCAGAGCUCUGGGCUGUUUGUCCUGGACGAUGUGGGCUGCUCAGGGCACGAGACCUUCGUGUGGAGCUGCCCCCAAGGUGUCUGGAACUCCCACAGCUGUGGCCCCAGUGAGGAUGCCAGUGUCAUGUGCUCAGUUGGGGCUCCCAUAAGCAGGGUUGUGGUGUCCUGGUGCUGCCCUCUAGGGACCGAAUCGGGUUUGGCCCUGUGGCUGGUGAAUGGAGGUGCCAGGUGUCAGGGCCGGGUGGAGGUCCUGUACGCAGGCUCGUGGGGCACCGUGUGUGACGACAGCUGGGACACCAGCGAUGCCGACGUGGUGUGCAGGCAGCUGGGCUGUGGCUGGGCCACAUCUGCCCCAGGAGGGGCCCAGUUGGGUCAGGGCUCAGAGCCGUUUGUCCUGGACGAUGUGGGCUGCUCAGGGCACGAGACCUCCGUGUGUAGCUGCCCCCAAGGUGUCUGGAACUCCCACAACUGUGGCCACAGCGAGGACGCCAGUGUCAUGUGCUCACUGCCCAGCCCCAGUCCACGCUCACUCCAGAUCGGUGGUUUACGACAGCUGCUUCCUACGGUGAGCAUCGCUGGGAUCCUGCCAGCGAGAACCGACUCGGGUUUGGCCCUGAGGCUGGUGAAUGGAGGGGACAGGUGUCAGGGCCGGGUGGAGGUCCUGUACCGAGGCUCCUGGGGCACCGUGUGUGACGACAGCUGGGACACCUCGGACGCCAACGUGGUCUGCAGGCAGCUGGGCUGUGGCUGGGCCAUAUCGGCCCCGCAAAAUGCCCGGUUCGGCCAGGGCUCAGGGCCGAUUGUCUUGGACGACGUGCGCUGCUCAGGGCACGAGACCUACCUGUGGAGCUGCCCCCACAAUGGCUGGAACUCCCACAACUGUGGACACCACGAGGACGCCAGUGUCAUCUGCUCAGGUCCAGAAAUCGACUCUGCUACCCCAGGUUGGUUGCACCCAUCAACUCCAACCACGGCACGCCCCUCUUCCAGCUGUGGUGGCUUCUUAUUCAAUGCCAGUGGGACGUUUUCCAGCCCAUCCUACCCUGGAUACUACCCCAACAAUGCCAACUGUGUCUGGGAAAUACAAGUGAAGCCCGGCUAUCUCAUAAACCUGGGCUUCCACAGUCUGCAGUUGGAGAAGCACAGUAGCUGCAGCUUUGAUUAUGUGGAAAUCUUCGAUGGGUCAUUGAGUGGCAAUGUUUCACUGAGGAAAAUCUGUAGUUACACCAGGGAAAUAUUCACGUCUUCUCACAACAGAAUGACUGUUCGAUUUCGGAGUGAUGGCAGCGUUCAAAACACUGGCUUUUCUGCUUGGUAUAACACCUUUCCAAGAGACGCCAGCUUGAGAUUGGUCAUUGGGAACUCCUCCCGCCCCACGUGCGCCGGGCGUGUGGAAAUCUACCAUGGUGGCCGGUGGGGAACAGUGUGUGAUGAUAAGUGGGACAUUCAGGAUGCCCAGGUGGUGUGCAGACAGCUGGGGUGUGGAUAUGCAGUAUCAGCCCCAGGAAACGCCUCUUUUGGCUCCGGCUCUGGCCCCAUCACCUUGGAUGACGUGGAGUGCUCAGGGGUGGAAUCCAAUCUCUGGCAGUGCCGGAACCAAGGCUGGUUCUCCCAUAACUGUGCCCACCACGAGGACGCUGGAGUCAUUUGCACAGGAACCUACACAACCACACCGGGUCCAGAAAUCGACUCUACUACCCCAGAUUGGUGGCGCCCAUCGACUGCAACCACUCAGAACAAUUAUUCCUGUGGAGGCAACCUGUUCCAAUCUUCAGGGAGAAUUUCCAGCCCAUUGUACCCUGGGAACUAUCCGAACAAUGCCAAGUGCGUGUGGGACAUUGAAGUUCCAAACAACUACCGCGUGACUGUGGUCUUCACAGACGUCCAGCUUGAAGGUGGCUGUAACUACGAUUAUAUCGAAGUGUUCGAUGGUCCCUAUCACAGUUCCCCGCUGCUCAGCCGAGUCUGUGAUGGGGCAAGGGGCUCCUUCACCUCGUCAUCCAACUUCAUGUCCAUUCGUUUCGUCAGUGAUGGCAGCAUCACCAGGAGAGGGUUCGAGGCUGAAUACUACUCCAGUUCUUACCCUGGGAUGACAAAGCUGCUUUGCCGGCAGAAUCACAUGCAAGCCAGCGUGAGCACGGGCUACCUCCAAUCCCUGGGCUACUCUGCCAGGGACCUUGUCAUUCCCAGCUCGAAUGGGAGCUACCAGUGUCAGCCCCAGAUCACAUCAAGCCAGGUGACCUUCACAAUUCCUUACUCCGGCUGUGGCACCAUCGAGCAGGUGGAUAAUGACACCAUCAUCUACUCCAACUUCCUCAAAGCAGCUGUUUCAAGUGGCAUCAUUAAGAGGAAGAAGGAUGUCCACAUUCAUGUCAGCUGCAAAAUGCUCCAGAACACCUGGGUUAACGUGAUGUACAUUGCUAAUGACACCGUCGAGUUCAAGAACAUACAAUACAGCAAUUUUAACGUGAACAUUUCCUUUUAUACAUCCUCUUCAUUCUUGUAUCCUGUGACCAGCAGCCCAUACUAUGUGGACCUGAACCAGGAUUUGUACCUUCAGGCUGAAAUCCUCCAUCCUAACACCUCCCUGGCCUUAUUUGUGGACACGUGUGUGGCUUCACCGAAUCCCAGUGACUUUACAUCUUUGACUUAUGAUCUCAUCCGGAGGGGAUGUGUGAAGGAUGAAACCUAUAAAUCCUACUACCAGCCCUCUCCCGACAUCGUCCGCUUCAAGUUCGGUUCUUUCCACUUCCUGAGCCGCUUCCCCUCCGUGUACCUGCAGUGCAAGAUGGUCGUGUGCAGGGCGUACGAUGCCUCCUCCCGCUGCCGCAGAGGCUGCCUUGUGAGGGCCAAGAGGGAUGUGGGCUCCUACGAGGAGAAGGUGAACGUUGUCCUGGGACCCAUCCAGCUGCAGGCCCCGCACGCUGAGAAGAGGAGCCUGGACCGGCCGGUGGUUGACGUGCAGGAAGAGGCCAGCGCCCCCGGGAGCUACCACAGUACCACCAUCCUCGCUGGGGUCUUCCUGGUCGUGGUCUUGGCCGUGGCAGCCUUCACACUGGGGAGAGGCACCCGUGCUGCCCACGGCAAGCCUCCGAGCACUAGGAUGUGAAGCAGGAGAACACACGCGGUGCUCAGACACAGGCCUCCUGCUCUGGAGCCCAAGUGAGGGAGGAAGAAACCAGUGUCCAUGGCGUGGCGCCCAGAGCACCCAACUUGAUUUAAGUCUGGCCCAGGUGCACGGUGGGGGGUGGGUGGAGGUGUAGGUGAGAAAGAUGGGAGCAGCCUUUCCCAGAAACACAGGCUGGGCACUGGGACAAAAUGUCAAGCUCCAGGUGCCAGAACCUAAAAUCCCGCGUGCAGCUGAGAGCCAUAC